GCUGGUCUUUUGCUCUUUAGCUCCCUCUAGCGAGCAGAGCGAGACGCGGCACAAACAAGUCCCGGGCCACGCUGCUGCGCCAGCUUUGCAAGAGGGAGCGAGCCGAGCCGGAAGAGGGUCCCCAAAAGAAGGUCUGCCGGGCAAAGGUAUUUCUCUCUCGGCUGCCUCACCAUGAUUAUUCCGGUCCGCUGCUUCACCUGCGGGAAAGUUGUGGGUAACAAAUGGGAGGCCUAUCUGGGCCUCUUGCAGGCAGAAUACACAGAAGGGGAUGCGUUGGAUGCGCUAGGCUUGAAGCGCUAUUGCUGUCGGCGGAUGCUCCUGUCGCAUGUCGAUUUGAUCGAGAAGCUGCUGAAUUAUGCACCCUUGGAGAAGUAGCGUUCGGGCCUCAACGAAACCUCUGCAGUUUGAUGCCUAACCUUGUAGAUUUGAAUCAAAUCCGUUUAUGCCAGAACUAUCGCUGUGCCUCUAGGUGACGCUGUCCCGCAAGAGAAUUCCUUCCCGUUCAACAUUGUGCAAUAGAGCUUUUUUUGCAUGAA